AUGGCUGAUAAACGACCUCGAAGGCCAUCCGACGACCCAGGCAGCCAACUGAUGGUCAAGAGACAGAAGCCUGGAACUAGCACCGCGCUUGCCCAUCGCGAUGCAUCUUCGACCGGUGCUCUCAUUCAGUCGGCACCGCGAACAAGCGAUCUCGAUGCGCCGUUGAUGGAACUUACUGGUCAUUCUGGUGAAAUCUUCUCAGCCAAGUUUGAUCCCACGGGCCACCUUAUCGCCUCUGGGUCUAUGGACCGGAGUAUAUUACUAUGGCGUUCGAAUGGCGACUGCGAAAACUACGGCAUUUUGACCGGACAUCGAGGGGCGGUAUUGGAUCUGCAAUGGUCCCGCGACUCGGAGAUCCUCUUCUCGGCAUCCGCCGAUAUGCAUCUAGCAAGUUGGGACUUGACAUCGGGCCAACGGAUUCGACGCUAUGUUGGACACGAGGAAAUCAUCAAUGCUUUAGACACCAGUAAGCGCGGGGAAGAGCUCCUAAUCAGCGGUAGUGAUGACGGAACCAUUGGCAUUUGGGACCCUCGAACCAAGAACGCAGCCGACUAUAUUGAGACGGAAUUCCCCAUUACGGCUGUGGCCAUAUCGGAAGCCGGAAACGAGAUUUACUCUGGUGGCAUUGAUAACGACAUCAAGGUAUGGGAUAUGCGGAAGAAGGCCGUCGUGUACUCUAUGCUUGGGCACAGCGAUACGGUGACUAGCUUGCGUGUGUCACCAGAUGCGCAAUCGCUGCUGUCUUACUCGCAUGACUCAACGGCAAAGACGUGGGAUAUCCGACCUUUUGCGCCCACCGAACGACAUAUCCGCACAUUCGACGGUGCACAAAUGGGUAUCGAAAAGAAUCUGAUUCGCGCAAGUUGGGAUAAACUUGGGAAGAAAAUCGCGGCGGGCGCUGGCGACGGCACCGUGGUCAUCUGGGGCGCCGACAACGGGAAGCUACUAUACAAGCUUCCUGGGCACAAGGGCGCUGUGAAUUGCGCCGAGUUUGCGACUAACGAACAACCCAUGAUCCUUUCUGCUUCUUCAGAUCGUCGAAUGCUGCUUGGCGAAUUGCGAUGA